GGGCGGGGGGCGGGGCUUAACCGGGGCAGGAGCUUUAGGUGCGGCUCAGUCAGUCUUCCUGAAAGUGGGGAGAGUUGAACUGUCAGCGGCAGCCAGGCUCGAAGAAAACGCAUCAGCAGAAUGGAUCUUGAUCUGUCGUCGGCUUUGGGUGGAAAAGAUGAGGAGGUGAAGAAGACGGAGGCACAGAAGGACGAGCUGAGCUGGCCUUGGAGCAAAAACAAGGAUAAAGACAAGAAGGGUGACAAGUCUGAUAGUAAAGACAAGGACAAGUCUGACCACAAGGAAAAAGACAAAGACAAGAACAAGUCUGACCACAAGGAAAAAGACAAGAACAAGUCUGACCACAAGUCCAAGUCUGACCACAAGGACAAAGAGAAGUCCAAGGAUGGCAGUAGCAAAAAGAAGAAGGAAAAGAAGGAAAAGAAAGAAGGGGACGAAGGUAAAGACAGCGGUUCAUCAUCAUCGUCAUCAUCAUCUAGCAGCAAUGAGGACUGAUCUGCCUCGUGGACCUGCCCGCUGUGUUUGACACCCCAUUUUUUUUUUUUUUUUGCUUAAUGUGAGGCUGCCCGUAUGGUUUAUCUAUGCCAACUUAUACAUGUUGAAUAAACAAAACUGAUUCUUGGAAAUAAAUGUUGUGACAACAAAAUAG